CUUCAAUCGAAAUUCACAUUUCCGGUUUUGUUUCACGUGGGUAUGUUGUGAAGUAAAGCUCUGAAGAUGGUUGAUGUUCAACUUAGCGACGCCGAGAAAGUGUUUAUUUUACACGGUGUCCAAGAUAAUUGUCGUGAAGAUGGCAGAGGAUGUGAAGACUACAGGCAUUUAGAAAUUGAGACAAGUGUCAUGUCAAAUACCAAUGGAUCAGCUAGAGUCAGAUUGGCAAACACAGAUAUCUUGGUUGGUGUAAAGGCAGAAUUAGGUACUCCAAAUCCCGAGAAGCUUGAUAAGGGACGAUUAGAGUUCUUUGUGGACUGCUCUGCCAAUGCUACACCUGAGUUUGAAGGCAGGGGAGGUGAGGACCUGGCCACAGAAAUCAGUAACAUGCUGUAUCGUGCCUAUGACUGCCCAAACUGUUUUAACCUCAAGCAGCUCUGUGUAAUCCCUAGCUCCCAAUGCUGGAUACUCUAUGUUGAUGUGUUGCUGCUGGAAUGUGGUGGUAACCUCUUUGAUGCCACUUCACUUGCAGUAAAGGCAGCGUUAUUUAAUACAAGUAUACCGAAAGUAACUGUGACUAGAGACGAAGGUUUAGAAGAGUUGGAGAUCUCGGAUGACCCGUAUGAUGUACAGAGACUGGACAUGAAAUCAUCACCUUGCAUUGUAACUCUCAAUAAGGUUGGUCAUUCACAUGUUGUAGAUGCAAGUCAGAAGGAAGAGUGCUGUACUUUAGCCAGGGUAAUUAUGGGAGUUACAGAAAAGGGGACAAUUACAGCACUGAAAAAAGAAGGAUCAGGCAGUUUGGACCCCACCAGUAUAGAGGAUAUGAUGGAGACUGGUAGACGAGUUGGAGAAUCUCUCAACAAAUGUUUGAUGGAAGCCUUAGUGGAGGAAGAAAGACAGGGUGCCAAGAAAAAGUCAUCAGGAUUCCUGAGAUAGCAGGAGUUUUAAUUCGGCCGAAAGGGAAAGUGAUGUUCAGCAUCCACUGAAAGAUUCAACAGAAAAAAUCAACAAAUAUCAUUCACAGUCACAUUUAAUGUUGACAAUCUGCUUAAAAGUUCAUGUUAAUGAGCAGAUUGAGUUUUGAAGGAGUCAUACAUGUAUGCAUUGUUUGACAUUAUGACUUUGUUGAAGAUAGAGAUGGUGUAGUGGCAAGAAAUAUGAUUGGUUGAAGUUAAUCUUUACCAAGAUUAGAGAUCGGAACGUAACAAGAUGUUUGAUUGGUUGAAGUUGAUGUCUGUAUGGAGGCUUACAGGACCAGAUAUGGAGUGAAGAGAAAUUUGAUUGGCUGAAAUUUUUCUCUAAAUAUUAGAAGUGCGAUAUUGAAAAGACAUUAGAGUGGCUAAAGUUGAUCUAUAUGAACAUGUUUAUUAUUCACUCUUGUCUUAGGCCAGAAGGAAGCCCAAGGGGCUGUGCUGUGCACAAGGUUACUCCUACAACAACACAGGUCGCUGGUCGGUCAAUUUAUUAUCUGACGUAAUUGUGCCAGCUGUACCUGUCAAAAGUUUCUGGCCAUGGUGACCCUCUAACAUUGUUGGUUUAAUCUCUGAUAAGAACAGAUCUGAGAGACAUGGAGGAAAGUAACACAACAUUCACCAGCUAUGUUUAAAUAUAAAGACAUGCAAUGACAGUAACAAUAUAAUGAUUAUAAUUUGUUUAAAAUGUAAUUAAUUGAAGCAUCAGAUAUUGGUUAGAUUUAAUCUCUGUUAAUUAAGAUCUGGUGUUUGCGGAUAUCUGUUUUUGAUCUCUGUUAUGGUGAAAGAUAAGAAAGUUUUGCUAAAUAAGGAUGUCAAGUUAUAUACAAGUUGUGUAUUGGAUGUAUAGAGUGGAAGGAGCCAGGCAUUUUAUCUUAUGUAAAUGUGAAUAAAACCCAAAAACCUUCACCUGUGAGUCAUGUGAGGUGAGCAAAUUGCUGACAAGGCACUUUAAUUGGAUCAGUUCUGUAAAAUACAAACAAAAAUUACUGUCA